AUGGGUUUCGGAAACUGGUGCUGUGCUGUCGGCUGCACAAACAGCGCCAGUGACAAACGCAGCGUGUCGUUUCAUCGCUUUCCUGGUGACGGCGCCUUGCGCGAGCAAUGGAUCCAAGCUGUACGGCACGAUAAGUGGUCCCCGACGAGUACAACUCGACUGUGCUCGGAACACUUUCACGCCGACUGUUACGAGGCCUCGAGUCUUCUGAAGUCGGAGUUCGGCCUUGGCCACGGUACCCGGAAGCUCAAGCCCGAUGCCGUGCCUACGCUUUUUAAGCACACGGAACCCCGACGACCCCCCAUCGAAAGAGGAGCCCUUGCAAAAAGGAAAAGAUCAGAGCUGGUGCAGGAUGCACUGGAUGCUGCAGCACCUGGGCCAUCUCAGCAAGAAGCUGCUCCUGAUCCAGCCAUGGACGACGACAGCGAGUGCUUCUUUGAGCAAACCUCAGAAUCAGUGAGUGCUGACGUUGGCUGCCAAGCAAAUAUCCAUCUGGCAACCAGAAAGAAGGCCCAGACAUCCACCCAGAGCAGAAGCGUUGGUAUUCAAACAGAACCUUCGAUUCGUCAUCUGGGCUGCCAGACAGACAGCACCUGGAGCACAGAAAGGCCACCCCUUCAAGCGUCGCCUCCGCUGCUCACUGAUGACGAACAACACAAGCUUUCUGAUGAAGAUGACAAGGAUGAAGCAGACACUGCAGUCAUCUGGGAUUCGGACAUGCAGGACAGCCAAGACCCGCCAUACUGCCCCAAGGAGAGGGACAUGCAUGAUUCCGACGAGGAGAUUUCAUUGUCGGGCUCAUGGAGUCAACACGGCAUGUGCUGGUAUACAAGAUUGUACCGAGAGGUGGUCCUGUCGGGGCAGCCAGAGAGAGAGAAAGGCUUGCGCUAA